AUGUUCAGACAAGCUGCAAGAUCAAUCCGACCUGCCGUCAGAGGUUUCGCUUCUGCGGCUCCUCAAGCUGGAGAGAACGAGUUUGUAGCCCAACGACAAGCUGUUAGAGCUCAUGCUGCCGAAACCACCGACUUGUGGAGAAAGAUCUCUUUUUACGUUUGUAUCCCAGGUAUCUUAGUUGGUGCUGGAUGGACCUACAAACUCGAAGCCGCCCACCAUGAGCAUCUCGAGCACGCCAAACACGAGAAUGGUGGUGAAGCACCCGAAAGACCCGUAUACUCUUACAUGAACAUUAGAAACAAACCUUUCCCAUGGGGUAUGCAAACUCUUUUCUACAACCCUGAAGUCAACAUCCCCGCUGGUGACGCCGAGUAA